AUGUGGGCCUUGCGAGCUGUGCGAGCACGGCCGGCCAUCGUGCCUUCCCUACGCGUGGUACAUGCGCCAGCUAGUACACGACGCACCUAUAUGGGCAGUAUGGUCCAAUGUGCGCCGGAAGACCGAAAAUCAAAACGACCUCCGAAGGCCCGCCAGCCACGCCAAGACGCCCAGCGUACCUCGGCGCCAGGCAAAGGACCACGCCAUCCGAAAGCGUCCAACGCUCCUUCGCAGCGGUCUGUGCCCAGUGCCAAGUCAUGGGCACGUCCAGCGGCGGGGAAGGGCGAAGGGGCCGCUAAAGGCCCUACCAAGAAGCCGCCCACGGCCCCUACGAAGCCAGCGUCGUCGCGCGCUGCCAAGCCCUCGCAGCACAUCUCGCUGCCUGCUGUCAUUUCUGUAUUCCACCUGUCGCGCGUGCUCAAUGUUCAUAUGCGCAAGCUCCAGUUCCGCAUGGAAAAGAUCGGCUUGGACGAUACGCGGCCAGACCGACUUCUGAAAUUUGAGGACGCCGAGCUGAUUGCCGCCGAAUACAACAAGGUCGCUGUUGCGAACGAAGAAGCGGCUUUUGAUAUAUUCCCGCGGCCGCUGCCUAGCGACGAAGUGAAAGCCCAGCUGCCCCUCCGGCCGCCUGUCGUGACGAUCAUGGGCCAUGUGGAUCAUGGCAAAACGACAUUGCUAGAUACACUUCGGUCUACGUCUGUUGCGCAAGGUGAGGCUGGUGGGAUUACGCAGCAUAUCGGUGCCUUUACUGUUCCCGUCGCUCGUCCACAGGGCCAAGUCACUUCAGUGACGUUUCUCGACACGCCAGGGCAUGCAGCCUUCUCGAUGAUGCGCAGUCGUGGCACGUCUGUGACGGAUAUGGUAGUGUUGGUUGUGGCCGCAGAUGACAGUGUGAUGCCACAAACACGCGAGGUCAUUCAACUGAUCCGCAACGAUGAACGACAACUGCCUUUGGUCGUGGCUAUUACCAAGAUCGACGUAUCGAAUGCCGACCCACAAAAGGUUCGUUACGAUCUUAUGGCGGAAGGUAUCGAAGUGGAAGAUCUCGGGGGUGAUGUGCCAUGUGUUGAAAUCAGUGCGAAGAAAAAGGUGGGCUUGGAUACGUUGGAUGAGACCCUGGCUGUGCUCGCUGAAAUGGCCGAGUUGCGUGCGGAGACAACUGGCCCAGCCGAAGGCCGUAUUUUGGAAAGCCGCGUUGAGAAGGGUCGUGGCAAUGUCGCGACGGUGCUGGUCCAGCGUGGUGUCCUGCAAGCCGGGGAUGUGGUGAUCUGUGGGACGACAUGGGCGAAAGUCAAGCAGUUGCUGCAGCCUGAUGGGAAGGCGACGAAGAAAGUGCUGCCUGGCUUUUCCGCCCAAGUCGCUGGAUGGCGUGAACUGCCGCAGGCGGGCGACGAGUUCCUGGGCGCCCCUGACGAGGCGCAGUGCAAGCGUGCCUUGGACAACCGCAAGCGUGCGAAGGAAGAGCAGGCCUUGUUGGUCGACGCAGAGCAAAUUGACAUGGAACGUCGACGCAAGGCCGAGGCGGAUGCGCUGCGCGAGCAGGAAGAGCAGCUGGAACGUCGCCGUCUAGGCCGCUUGCAACGCGCCGAAGCGGAGGGCACGCUGGAUGCGGAAGCUAUGGCCGAAGAAGUGCGUCAGGAGCGCCUGGCCUCCGCGUCGGCUGUGUCUACCGGCCCGGAACGCAAAGAGCUGUGCGUGAUCCUCAAAGGCGAUGUCUCAGGCACAGUAGAGGCGCUCGCUGGAGCCAUCGGGAGUAUCGGCAAUGCAGAAGCUGGCGUCAAGAUCGUUUCGCAGAGUGUAGGCGAUGUGACGGAAAGCGAUGUGAACACGGCGCAUGCGGUGGGCGCUCAAGUGAUUGGCUUCAAUGUGCAAGCGUCGAAGUCCAUUCAGACCAUGGCCGCGCGCGUCCAGCCGCCAGUGCCUGUGCACUGCGACAAUGUGAUUUACCGAUUGAUGGACCAUGUAUCGGAGCGCGUCGCUGCCCUCCUUCCACCCCGUGAAGAAAUGCGCGUGCUGGGCGAGGCACACAUUGCUCAGAUUUUCGAGAUUAAGCAGGGCAAAGGCAAGGCGACCAAGAACAUUGCCGGGUGCCGAGUGACCAAUGGCCUGAUCAAUCGUGCCAACGAGGUGCGUGUGCUUCGUGGCGAAGAUCGUCGCGAAGUGUUCCGUGGCAAGUUGGAUGCGUUGCGUCAGGUGAAGAAAGAUGUGGUCGAAAUGCGCAAGGGAACCGAAUGUGGCAUGUCCUUUGACGGCUUCAACGACCUGAAAGUGGACGAUGUUGUGCAGUGCUUCACCACAGUGGAAGUACCACAAACACUGUAA